ACUCGUUCAUCGAUGAGGAAGGAACUGUACUAUUAUAUCCCGGGAGGAAGGGUUGAUGACGUCUGUGGCAUACUUAAUGUGACUUAUUGAAAAAAAGGCAAGACUCCCUAUUCAUGGAUAAAAAUCCGAGGUAAUCGGAGCGCAGCAGAAAAAGUUUUGUAAAAGGAUAUGUAGACAAACGAGCGCUGCUGAUUUCACCGAGGUUUUGUUUGCAAAAGUGAUUUUGUUUAUAUUGGUUAUUGUAUAAAAGUGCAGGGGUUGAACCGACGAGCACAUAAGCAAAGGACGGUGGCGCUUCAGGGAAGAGGUGCUGUGAGGAAGAUCUCUAUCUCUCUCACACAAUCACAGCCGCACCCGAGUCGCAUCCAACAGCAUUUCUAUCUACCUACUCUGCAAUAGCAUGGCCAGAUCUAGUAAAGCGACUUUAGCUUUGCUCAUCUACGGAAUCAUGAUGCACUACAGCGCCUACUGCACGCCUAUUGGGAUGACUUUCCCCAAGAUGAGACUAGACAACGAUGUAUUUGACGAAGAUGGAAACUCGUUAAGCGACCUGGCUUUUGGCACUGAUCAAAUUGCUAUACGAAGUCCUCCAUCUCUCACGGACGACCUAUACACGCUAUACUAUCCGCCAGAGAAAAGAACGGAAAGGCAUGCAGAUGGAUUUUUAGAUAGAGCCUUGAGGGACAUCCUGGUUCAGUUAUCAGCACGAAAAUAUCUGCAUUCUCUGAUGGCAGUUCGCGUAGGCGGAGGAAGCAGCGAGGAGGACGAAUCGGAACCAUUAUCAAAAAGGCAUUCGGAUGGGAUCUUCACCGACAUUUACAGUCGCUACCGAAAACAGAUGGCCGUCAAGAAGUAUUUAGCAGCCGUCCUGGGAAGAAGGUACAGACAGAGAAUUAAAAACAAAGGACGUCGAUUUGCUUAUUUGUAGCGCUGACAAAACUGCCCCCAACUGCCCCUCCAUGUGUACAUUCAGUCCUAAGAUCAAAGUCAUUCUGAUAUAACUGAUUAAUCAGUGGAUCGCGCCUGUGUUCUUUAAACAUGUAUUUAUGUAUGAAGUAAAGCCAUUAAAAUGAAUAUUUUACUAAUAACAUUGUUUUUCUUUUUGUACAAAAGCACUUGAAACCGCACAGUUAUACUUUGUGGACCAACCGUUCAGUUUCAUGUAUAUAGCUAUAUAUGUUAAAAACAAAAGAGAACAAAAACCAUCAGGAGUAAAAAAAAUGAAGAAAAAAAUGUGCACCUUGAACGUUAUGCGCCUGAUAUCUUUUCAAAUUCAUCAUCAUAUGCAGAAAAUAAAUAGAUUUUAAAAAGACAAUCAAAGUUCUGAAUGUUAUACUUAUUUUUGUAAUCUGCUAAAAGAAUAGAGUCUUAUUUUAUCCAAAGUCUGCCCAGGGAUGUAUCCAACAUACUCUGUAAAGUACAGGGCUGCUGUUUCAACUGUUGUGACUCCCCCCCCUAAAAAGGGGGAGUGGGAGAGGGAUAUAUAGUAGCUGGCACCAUUCCCUCUUUCUUAGCCCACUCAUUUGUGAACUGUACUUCAAAUCACCUGUCUUCUCCAGAUGGAAUGUGAUUGUCCUGCCUGUGUUUGUGACUGGAACCAGUAUGCCUGACUGGAAAAAAAAAUGACACUGGAGUAACUGUAGUAUUGAUAUACAUGUUUUUUUUUUUUAUCCUUGCUGGAUUUUCUUUGUAUUGUUUUUUCAAUUCAUUUCCAUCCCAGUGCAUGGUAUACGCAUAAUGUAUACAUGCAUGUCCUUUGUUUCCCAUCCAUCCAAUGUUUCCAUGGUCCCUCCGUCAAAUCCGCCUCUGAGGAAGCAGAGACAAAACGUAUCGAAUCGAAGUAGCCCUAAUAUUCAAAUGCAUGCUCCAUUGAGCUCCUAAAACGUGUUGUGGAAUUGGCGUGUCGGUCCCUCGGUUCUUUGCAUGUAUUCAAUGCCUUUGUGGGUGGCUUUGCGUCAGUUCUGACCGAAAUUUUGUUCUUAUGCCUUAUUGUAAUGCAGAAGCUGUGAAUGCUUUGUUAUGUGCUCUCUGCAGUUAGACUAAACCAGUAUCGAGUAGCAAGUCAUGACAUAAUGAUCAUCUGACGCCGCCACCUUAAUUCUGAUAGGACGAAGUACGUUUCAUUCAUCGCCUCAUCGUAGAUCUAGACGAAAAAAAUCAACUGUGUUAAUGCCUAUCUGUAAUUGCUGCUGAUGACUGAGGGAAUGUGAGGGCGAGAGAAUGGGGAGGCCAACGA